UCUAAAACUUCCCAUCCAUGGGCUGAAGUGGCAGCACGAGUAAAACCAGAAAGGAUCAGAAAUUUGUGAAGAAGAAGAAUGAAGCUUGGAGAGGUGGGUUAAGGGAGGGAUUUAAGGAAGAGAAUGGGUGUUUGGAUGAAGAGAUGGGGGUGAAUGGGGGUGGAGAGGAGAGAGAUCAGGUGUUUCAGAAGGUUUUUGAUGUUCAAGGGAGGAAUGGGAGAAGGGAGAUUACGGUUUUUAGCUCUGUGUUUGACUCUGAGUCGUAUUUUGAAGCAGGAGAGCGUGAGGAAAGUGAAAGUGGGGAAUCUGAAAGUAGUGAAUCCUUGGAAUUUGAUGAGGAAUCGAGUGACUAAAGAAAUGCUGAUCUCUAUUUUGAGCAUGCAAUUGGAAUUAAAAAAUCU